AUGGAAAGGUCUAAUGGUGAAUCGGUUGCAUGUGAUAUGGCCAUUAUUGCUAUUGGAUCGGAACCAUGCACUGAAAUAUAUCAAAAUUCAUCAACUGAUAUGAUCAAGAAUAAUUAUAUACCUGUUAAUGAUGGUUUAGAAACAUCCGUUGAAAACGUGUUGGCUGUUGGAGAUAUUAUUGAAUUUCCACUGAAAAUAUUUAACUAUGAUCAAGGCGUUCGACGUCAACAUUGGCAAAUGGUUUGUAGUGAAGAUGGAGAAUUUAAAUGGGUUGCCUACUAUUUGGUUGAUGGUUAUAUGCGAGCUUGUGCACAAUCACAAUUAGAUCCAUUAACAUCGGAAGUAGCUGAAGUUUUUUACCAAAAACGACAUAUUCGAAAAGAAGAUAUUGAACAUGAUAUGUAUGGUUAUCGAAAAUAUUUAAAUAUUAAAAUUAAUCCUAAAUAA